AUGUCUAAGUUUAAAGAUAAACCUACAUCUUCUCAAAUAGGUUGUGGUUGUUUAGGUAGUUCCAAAUAAAAAACUAUGUAUAAUAUAUAUUUCAUUUUAGGAUGAAGUUCUCCCAUAUUGAGAUAGAUGAAGAGAUUGUAUCUGCAUCAAUUAUAAUGGAAAUGAUAUACAGAGGCUAGAAUGCUGAAUUAGCAUUAUCUCGCUGUAGACUCAAUCCAAAUUUAGUCUUACUUUAAUUUAGAGAUGACUUAGAGUACUUUAUACCAUAGCUAAUUAACCAUAUUAUAUACAAAUAGCUUGAAUAUGUGCUUAAUUUUAUUCUAAAAGCAGCAGAAGUAGAUUUCUUCUUUGCUCAUACAUUCUUUUUUGCCUGGAGAUCUAUAGUAAAUGAUAACAAUCCAGAAAUUGAAAAUUAUUUAAGGCUCUUUUUAUCAACUUUAGAUAGAGUAUAUAAAAAGACUCUGUUAAUUGCUGCUUGUCUUGAGAAUCAUCAAUUUAAUGAUGGCAUAGAACAACAAGUUUCUAAAGGUGUUCCUAUUGUACAAUAGGUGAAUAAGUUACCUGACAGAAUUCAAGCAUAUGGCACCUUAUUUUACUCUAAUCAUGUGUUUAAUGAUACCCUGCAAUUAGCAAAUUAUGAAUCAAUUUUCAGAUAAGCUAAACCAUCAGGAUUUUGUUCAACUAUUGAUUUUUGGGAUGACAUCAUAUAUAUUUCCUAAAAGUAUUUAACUUAUUAAGGCUCAUAGUUUGCAUUUGGCAGACCCAAAAUUAAUAUCUCUUAAAGCAGAUAUCCAAAAAAUCAACAGAGGUUUACCAUCUGCAGUUUAUAUUCCUUUUUAAGGAGUUAGAAAUUAUGUUGUACUUAAUAUAGUUGUUGAUGAAUGCAGAGUAUUUUCAACUAAAUGUAGAUCUCCAUUUUAUUUAUGUUUCGAAAUAUACAGACCUGAAGAAGAAGCUGAAUUAAUUCCUAAUCCACUUAGAAAUAGUCGUUUGUCUAUUCCAAAAACAGUUGGAAAAAUGGAUAAUAAAAAUAAUAGUGAAAAUAAUGAAACAUAAGAUUGUACAAGAAAUAGACCAACUUACCUUUGUAAAAUUGUUGAAGCUGAAGAAGAUGCAGAAGAAGGUAAGGAAGAUUUAACUCAAUUCAGUAAUAUAUUACGGGAUAAUGAUGUUACGCAUUCAUAUUAUGAAGAUUUAAAUAAUUUAGUAUCAAUUUAAAAUGUUAAAGGGUUAUAAUAAUAAUUAAAGAAAAUGACUAAGAAAGAAUUAACUGAUUCUAUUUAUGGUUGUGAUAAUUAAGAUAAAAUUAAGAAUAACUCUCCUUUUCGAAAUUUCAAAACAUGGAAAUUAGUACAUCUUAUUGUUAAAUCUGGAGAUGACUUAAGAUAAGAACAAUUUGCUAUGCAAUUAAUAUCAACAUUUGAUUAGAUUUUCAAAAUUGAGUAAUUAAAAUUACAAUUAACAACUUACGAAGUUAUUUCUUUAGGACCUGGUUAUGGUUUAAUAGAAGUUGUUAGAGAUGCUCUAUCCAUAGAUUCUAUUAAAAAAAAGCUUAAUGAUAUCUUACAAAUAAAGUGUUUGAGUCAUUAUUUUAAGUAUUUAAUUUUUUAAAUUAGAUUGAACUCAUCUCAGGCCAUGAUAUCCAAUUUCUUAAACAGUUUAGUUGCAUAUAGCUUAGUCUGUUAUUUUUUAUAAAUUAAAGAUAGACAUAAUGGAAAUAUUUUAUUACAUAGAGAUGGUAAUAUUGUACAUAUAGAUUUUGGAUUUUUCUUAUCUAGUGCUCCUAAAGGUAACUUAGAAAAAGAAGUGCCCUUUAAAUUAACAGAGGAAUAUGUAGAAAUAUUGGGUGGAUAUGAUUCUAAUUUGUUUAAGAGAUUUAGAAAAAUGUUCUUUGAAGGUUUUAAGGCUAUUAGAAGACAUAAAGAUAAGAUUAUAUUGUUAGUGAAAAUGAUGGAGAAUUCCAGUUUAAAUUGUUUUAAAGAAAAUACUUUAUUAAAUUUGGAGAGGAGAUUCUUAGAAGAUGAUUUAUCUGAUACUUAAUUGUAUGUGCAAUGUUAAAAGUAUAUAUUUAUAUUAAUUAUAAUAGAUUAAUAGAUUUGAGUAGAGGUAAUUGGAGGGCUAAUUGGUAUGACAAAUAUUAAUACUAUUUUUAAGGAAUUAUGUAUUGA